UUCUGUAGGAAUGAAGAUAAAGUCUGCUUCUGUCCGAGCCUUCAGUCAAACCUUUCAUUCAGGCAACGUGCGUUGGAGUUUACGUUCUGCACAGACCACCACAGAGUUCCCUGGAGAUGGUGAAAUGCACUCAGUUGCAAGUCUGUCUGGAGGAACGGAGCUGUUGGUGGAGGCAGAGCUAACGGGAGGGGAAGGAAACGAAUCGUGGCAACAUGCUCAGCUCUUCAGACAGAGUUUGAAGGAAACAGAGAAUGUAUUAUUUGAGCUUCUGGUUGAAAUCGAAGAGUCUUGAUGAUUUAUGUUGUGAAAAACUAAGGAAAUGUGGUAUAACUGUUUGUUUUGUCACAACUAAGAGAAUUAUGUUAUGUUUAAAUGGACAUAACAAAAUGAAUCAGACACUAGUGUACUUUCUUCAAAGCCCUGCAUGGGUAACACUUUAUAAUAAGGAUGUAUUUGUUUACAUUACACUGUAAUAAGUAAAAGUUGGAUCUACUAAUACUGGAUCUACAAAAAGUUACUUUCACUUUUUACAGUGUAGUUUAUGCAUUAGCUAACAUGAACUAACAAUGAACAAUACUAUAGCAUUUAUUAAUCUUAGUUCAUGUUCAUUUUAACAUAAAUAACUAACUAUCAUUAACAAAGAUUAAUUAAUGAUGAAAAACUAUAUUGUUUAAACUUUAUUGUUACUUAAUGUUAGCUAAUGCAACAAAUACAACCUUAAUGUUAAAUGUUACCCAUGCACGUUUUAUGUGAAACAUUUAAAAAUAAUUUACUUUUCAUGUUUUUCAGUUUAUUGGCCAGAAAUGUUUUACUGUAAUCUAGCUCAUCUGCUCUGUACUGUAAAUAAGAUGGUUUGAUCUUGAAAUGUAUAAUCUGAAACUGUUUGUGCGUCAUUAUUUUAGGUGCAAGGUAAGGAUAUGUCCACAUAACAAUACAUUAAAAUUUUAUUACUUGA